AUGCGGGUAGGGUCUCGCAUAAUCAUGUAUAGCUACCUCAAAACAUUAUUGACACUGCUAGAUUGGGCCCUGGUGCGCAACAGGUCGCCCUUGGCACUACCAGAUGCCGCUCUUCACGCCGAGCAGUCCACCGAGUCGGAGAAUGCCUCUACCUGGUCGAGCAUGAUGGCUGAAAUGUCCACCUUUGAAUGGAAGUGGAGGCGAAAACCAGCCAAGGAGGGCGACAGACCUCAUGGAAAGGAGGUCACAAUAGCUGUGGACGGAGAGGGCGCCCUGUAUGCGGGCAAGUGGACCAUCCGGUGCAUCUUGCGGAGGCAGGUAAAGCUCGGACACGACAUUUGGGUUCUUGAAAUCGACAGGCUCGAUGCUCCUCCGCCGCCUGCAGUGGAGGACUACGAGAGUGAAGAACCUCUGUGGGCAGGACCCCAAGAUUUGUUGCUCAAGGCUACUGUGGUUGGGCGGUUAGGCUGUCUGCGGGUUUCGCAGGAAGACGGUGCCUGCGAAGAACACUGCAGAAUCCUUCGGCGGCGGCGGUUGAAGAUCUACUUCAGCUCUCCGUCGCACAACUCGGCGCUCCGUCCGAAACUCGAAGUCGUUCAUCCCUCAGCCAUGUUUCACAAGCUGACCGAGAAACUCGUGCAUCGCGGGAAGAAGCCCGCGGAAAAUCCCUGCAUCUCCGACACUGGCAGCAGUUAUCAACCCCUGCCUAACGGGCAGCACAUUCGACUCCUCAACCUGAAUAGCGGGAAAGGCAGCCAGCCGCUCUCUGGAAAGCUGUGGACGUAUCCACUCGAAGACGCUCCCGAGUUCGACGCCAUUUCCUACGUUUGGGGAGAGAGAGCCCAAGGGAGCCGCCUCGGGUCGAUUCCCUUGACCGAAAACCUUGCUUCGGCUCUUCGUCGCGUUCGUCUUAGGGACAGGAGCAGAUUGAUCUGGGCCGAUCAGAUCUGCAUCAACCAAGCCGACAUCGAGGAGCGGAGUCAGCAGGUGACGCUCAUGGCUGACAUCUAUCGCCGCUCCUACAGGACGCUCAUCGUUGUCGGAAACGCACCUCGACGCAAGGCAAAAGAAGUGUCGUCUUUUGUAGCCGAAAUCAGCUAUACCAUACGCCACUAUCUACGGAGAAGCAAGGGGGCUUGGUCAGGCGUUCCUAUGUUGCUUCAGUCGAGCAAUGUUUUUCACGACCCACGAUGGAAAGCCUUUGCCGAUUUGUGCUCAAGGCCGUGGUUCGGCCGUCUUUGGGUGGUGCAGGAAGCAGCCCUCUCUGCAGACGCUUGUGUUCUCUUCGGCGACGUUGAGAUUGCCUGUCAACAGAACCACGCGACCAUGUCUACUGUUUCCUUGGACACCCUUCAGCCCGACAUCCUCAAAGUGGGAGCCUGAUCGUACAGCCGGACUACACCAAGAAUAUAGCGGCGGUGCACUCAGAGUUCGCCAUCAGCUGGAUCAGACGAACCCGCAAUGUCGGUAUCUUGGCU